AUGCUAACCUGUUUGUCUUCAGAGUUUCGCAAGUGCAGCACCAAUUCUGCUGUCACAGAAGUCAGUGGCAUUUCGAAGUUUGAAGAACGAUGCUGUUUCCUAUAUGUGCUGCACAACUCGGAUGACUUUCAAAUCUAUUUCUGCACAGAACUUCAUUGCAGAAGGUUUUUUGACAUGGUGAACAGUAUCACUGAGGAAAUAGGGAAGACUACAGAGGAAGGGGAAUGUGAUGGAGACUCUCUAGAGUAUGAUUAUGAAUAUGAUGAAAAUGGAGAGCGAGUCAUUCUUGGCAAAGGAACUUACGGCAUUGUAUAUGCAGGACGAGAUUUGAGCAAUCAAGUCAGAAUUGCUAUUAAAGAAAUCCCAGAGAGAGACAGCAGGUACUCCCAACCUCUGCAUGAAGAAAUAGCUUUGCAUAAGCAUCUCAAACAUAAGAACAUUGUCCAGUAUUUAGGUUCUGUUAGUGAGAAUGGGUUCAUUAAGAUAUUCAUGGAACAGGUGCCAGGUGGCAGCCUUUCUGCUCUUCUACGAUCAAAAUGGGGACCAUUAAAAAACAAUGAGCAGACAAUUGGCUUUUACACUAAGCAGAUUCUUGAAGGAUUAAAAUACCUCCAUGAUAAUCAAAUAGUGCAUCGAGACAUAAAGGGUGAUAACGUGCUUAUCAACACCUACAGUGGAGUAUUAAAGAUUUCGGACUUUGGAACUUCAAAGAGACUUGCGGGAAUCAAUCCAUGUACUGAAACUUUCACUGGUACGCUUCAGUAUAUGGCACCAGAGAUUAUAGACAAAGGGCCACGUGGCUAUGGGAAGGCUGCAGACAUCUGGUCAUUGGGUUGCACAAUCAUUGAGAUGGCCACAGGGAAGCCCCCAUUUUAUGAACUGGGAGAACCACAAGCAGCUAUGUUUAAGGUGGGAAUGUUUAAAAUACACCCAGAGAUUCCUGAAUCCAUGUCUGCAGAAGCCAAGGCUUUCAUAUUGCGUUGCUUUGAACCAGAUCCUGAUAAACGAGCUUUUGCUCAUGAGCUACUUAUAGAUGAAUUCUUGAAGGUUUCAAGUAAAAAAAGAAAGUCCACAUCAAAGCUCUCAGUUCUUUCAGCUAACACAAAUGAGUAUCUUCGGAGUAUAUCCUUACCAGUCCCUGUUCUGGUGGAAGAUACAAGUAGCAGCAGUGAAUAUGGUUCUGUCUCACCUGAUACAGAAUUAAAAAUUGAUCCAUUCUCUUUCAAAACAAGAGCCAAAUCCUGUGGAGAAAAAGAUGGGAAGGGAAUCCGGUCCCUUUUUUUGAGCAUCCCAGAUGAAAAUUUUGAGGAUCACAGUGCACCUCCUUCACCUGAAGAAAAAGAUUCUGGGUUUUUCAUGCUGAAGAAGGAUAGUGAAAGGAGAGCCACCCUUCACAGGAUAUUAACUGAGGACCAAGAGGAGGUAGUGAGGAACUUGAUGGAAGCUUUGGCUCAGGGAGCCGAAGAACCCAAACUAAAAUGGGAACAUAUCACAACACUCGUUUCCAGCCUCAGAGAGUUUGUACGGUCCACUGAUCGUAAAAUCAUCGCAACCACUCUUUCAAAACUGAAACUGGAGCUAGACUUCGACAGUCAUGGUAUCAGUCAAGUGCAGCUUGUGCUCUUUGGUUUUCAAGAUGCUGUCAAUAAAGUUCUCCGAAAUCAUAAUAUCAAGCCACACUGGAUGUUUGCAUUGGACAGCAUAAUCAGAAAAGCUGUGCAGACUGCUAUAACUAUUCUAGUCCCAGAACUGAGGCCACAUUUUAGUCUUGCAUCUGAAAGUGAUACAGCCGAUCAAGAUGAUGUAGAAGUUGAAGAUCAAGAUGAGCAGCCCCAGAAUCAAACCACCCAACAGCCUUGCAUUGUCAUGGAAGAUGCAGUAGCUACCUCAGGUGUAAGCACGCUCAGCUCUACUGUUUCCCAUGACUCCCAGGCUGCUCACAGAUCACUUAGUGUCCAGCUGGGCAGGCUAAAAUUAGAGACAAACAGGUUAUUGGAGGAGUUGGUUCAAAAAGAGAGAGAAUUUCAAGUCCUCUUACAUCAAGCUAUAGAAGAAAAAGAUCAAGAAAUUAGAAACCUACGGCUUAGGUCACAGCCAAUAGAUAUUCCUGGCUUGUCUCUCUGUCAUCGUCAUUCCACUGGCACAAGGACCGAAGACCCUGAUCUCAUAAGCUGGCUGACUGUUCAAGGAGCUGAUGAGGCCACGAUAAACAAGUUUUUGGCUGAAGACUACACAUUAAUGGAUGUUCUCUGCUAUGUUACACGAGAUGAUCUGAAAUGUUUGAGACUGAGAGGAGGAAUGUUAUGCACGCUCUGGAAGGCCAUCACAGACUUUCGAGGGAAACAUGCCUGACACUGAAAUUUUUCUUCGCUUCUCUGCAGAGAGGAA